UACGAGCCGGACUCCAGCGAGCCGCUGGACUUCUCCGUGCGGGGCGCCGUCCUGGCCAUAGACGCGGGGUGCGGCUUCUACGCCACCAACACCGGCAGGAAGCGCCGCAAGGACCUCGAGAUGGUGCCCCGGAAGCCGAUCGCCGUCUACAACAUCGAGGACGACAUCGACCGGCCGCCCGCCGAGCUCGCCCGCCGGCCGCGCGCCCACAGGGUCGCGCCCGCAGACUGCGAGGUUGAGGAGCGCUGCGAGCUCAUCAAGUCCACGUACGAGGUGAUCUCCAAGUACACGCGGGCCAUGUUCGAUAAGCAGAACGAAACCGUCGUCUGAUGUGCCUAAUAGUUGUAGUUCGCCGCGCGGCUCGUCUCUGUCUAUGCCUACUCGAAAAAAACACGCCGCUCAAAGCGUUCAGGACCAAACAUUUUUAAUCUGGCGACACCAGCGGCGCGACCGUAGACGAGGUGGACAAAGUAACGACCCCGUAAGCAAAGUGUGCAUUUACAAUAUACUGUGAUGUUAAUUUAACCCAGCGAAGGUUUUAUACAAAGAUUGUGCUAUUUUGAUACGUGCGAUACAAAGUUUGAUACGCCCACCGUUCACUCCGCCAACCCGAAUUUGAUAAACUUUAUACACGCUUUACCGAUUUACAAAAAAACUACCUUGUUGUUCGAAGGCCUCCUACGUCCGCACAAUUUUCACUCACUUUUUAACGAACUUUUACACGUUUAUAACACGUAGCUUGCUAGAGUUUUUGUACGAAACUGAUUAAAACUGGGUCUGAUUUGAAAUAAGCUUUUUAAAUCGUUAGAAUAUUAAAUCAUACACGUCAUUACCAUUUUGUUAAUAACUUACUCUUUUUCUCGAACAUAUAGGACAAAUAUUUUGUGCAUUUAAAACAUUUUUGUAACAUCAAUUGUGAUAUAAUAAUAAUAAUAUGAAUUUUCAUAUUUUUAAGCUGGCAACAUUAACGCGGGCGUAAUAUUGCUGUUUGAUUAGAUUUACUAGAACUAGAUUCCGUCUUUACGCCUAUAGUUAAGUAUCCAAAUAACCGAAUAUAUCAUUCCAACUUAAUUUUUUAAAUGACCUUCGCAUUAUUUUAACAGUAUGUGCCUGAUUAUACAAAACCAUAAGUUUUAGGCUUUUCAUUUUAUUAAAUUAAGAGUAUACAGUUAUAAUAAUAAAAUUGUAUAAGAUCUGAUUUGAAUAAUCAUUGUUUUUGUUUGUAGAUGCUUUAAGAUAUUUGUUUAUUUGUAAAUAUUUUGUUCAUGCUUUUCAGCCGAUGUAAAUAUUAUAUUUUAAUGUAUCUCCGACCCAUCAUGCAAUCAUAUCUCAGUAUGUUUAAUAUUAUUAUUUGGCAUAUUUUUCGCUGAUAUGUAACUGAGUAAAAUAAUAUAUUCUUUACGUUAUGUUAAAGUAGGUUAAAGUAUUUAAUAUAUUGUACCUUAAAUAUACAAAUGUCAUGACAUAAUUUAUAGUUUUCCUUCUUCUCAUGUUAUUGCUAGCGACAUUGACUGUUCACGAUAAUUCUAAAUAAUCUUAAGUUUUACAAACAUGUGCUAGGUACAAAUAUUAAAUAAGUGUUUAGGUGCUUCCUGCACGUUUGAUAAAUUCUUGAUUGAGGGACUUAGUCUUGUAAUCUUUUAUUUAAACAGGGUUUUGUAACAAUGUAGACAUUGGAAAAAUAUUAUCAAGUUAAAUAAUUUCAUAUCGAGUUCUUAAACAUUUUACUUCAGAUAUAGAUAUGAUGGAACUUGGACUCUUCACAAACCUAACACAUUGCAACUGAGGGAAUUAGAAAAUAAACAAGGACCAAACGCACAAUUAAUGAUGAAAGUGGUUCUUUAAUUUAAAAAUGUGCUUUCGCCUGUUACCAUGAAUAUCCAAGUGUCGUCAUAUGUAUACGCUUAUAAACAUAUUUUGUAGUUAUGGUCUAUGAGAGAAGUCAGUUAAUUGCAUGUAUUGCUAGUAUUUAACAGUAUUCAGUGAUGCAAUAAACAUACUAAUACAAAAGUUA